AUGGCUCCCAAGUUUUCGAAUUUCAUGCAGUUUUACGGCUAUGAUCUGUUAUUGGGAUCAAUCGCUGCCUUCUACGUUUUCAUGGCGCCUUAUACGAAAGUUGAAGAAAGCUUCAAUAUUCAGGCAAUGCAUGAUAUUUUAUAUCAUCGGCAUCAUAUAGAGAAGUACGAUCAUUUGGAAUUUCCAGGAGUGGUUCCUCGCACAUUUAUGGGUGCCUUGCCUGUAUCGGUUUUGGCAUUCCCAUUUGCACUGGUAACAACUUUACUACAGUUGCCAAAGAUUUACAGUCUUUAUGCAGUUCGUUUGGUGUUGGGUUGCAUCAUCUUGUCUACAUUCCGUUUUUUCCGCAUUCAGAUUAGGAAGAAGUUUGGGUCUCAAGUUGAAGCCUUCUUCGUAAUAUUGACUGCGAUUCAAUUUCACAUGCUGUUCUACUGUACGCGGCCACUUCCUAACAUACUGGCAUUUGGCUUAGUUAACUUGGCAUAUGGGUUCUGGUUUAACGGAAGCUUUUAUGCAGCAUUAAAAUGUUUGAUUUUCGCAACAGUCAUCUUCAGAUGUGACAUCCUGUUACUUAUUUCUCCUCUGGGUCUGGAGCUAUUGCUGUCUAGGUCAAUUUCCUUUUGGAAGGCACUAAAGUCCUGUAUUAUAACUGCUUUACUUUGCGUAGGCCUUACCAUGAUCGUGGAUUCUGUUAUGUGGAGGAAGCUGUUGUGGCCUGAACUGGAAGUUUUUUGGUUCAACUCGGUUUUGAAUCGGAGUUCCGAAUGGGGUUCACAUCCUUUUCAUUGGUACUUCACAUCAGCACUUCCUCGUUCUUUGCUGGCUGCAUAUCCACUUUUUAUGCUAGGGAUUCUACUUGACAGAAGGGUUCUGGUCUACAUCUUUCCAGUUUUAUCAUUUAUUUUACUUUAUUCAAAGCUUCCACACAAGGAACUUCGUUUUAUUAUUGGUUCUCUUCCUAUCUUCAAUUUAUCAGCUGCAAUUGCUGCAAGCAGAAUCUACAACAAUCGCAAGAAAAGUUUCUGGAAAUAUCUUAAUAUUGCCAUGCUGGGGUCAUUCCUUAUCAGUCUAGGGUGCACGAUCUUGAUGUUCAUGGCAUCGUAUGAGAACUAUCCUAGUGGUUAUGCCCUAACGGCUUUGCAUAAUGUAGGGCAUUUGAGAAAUAAUUCAAACGAAUUGUGGGUUCAUAUUGACACCUUCUCGGCAAUCAAUGGAAUCUCUCGCUUCUGUGAAAAUUAUGAUCCAUGGAGGUAUUCCAAAGAAGAAGGGAUUCCUCUGGGAGAAUUUCAAAAUCGGAAUUUCACAUACCUUUUGAGCGAAUAUUCUGAUAUCAGUGGAUACAAGUGUCUAUUUAGUACGAAGGGGUUCUCCAGGGCUCAUCUUCAUGCUGGAUUUCCUCCAAUAUCACUGGUUAAGGAGCCGAAGGUAUAUAUCCAUGGAAAUGUUAAAAAUAAAGAAAUAAUCCACAGAAGCUGGCCGGAUUGCUAA